AUGUCGAAGCGACAGUUAAUUUCAUCCGAAGAAGAUACAGAUAAGGGAAAAGUGGCCAAAAUCGGUGACACAGACCACGACGAAAACACAGCACACAACAACAUGGCUGUUAGAACUCCAGCAAAAACUGGCAAGCGAACGGAUUACCUUAGUUGGGAUGAAUACUUCAUGGCGGUCGCAUUUCUUUCGGCUCAAAGAAGCAAAGAUCCGAACUCCCAAGUAGGAGCCUGUGUGGUGAAUCCUGAAAGGAAGAUUGUUGGUAUUGGAUACAAUGGGAUGCCUAAUGGCUGCAGUGACGAUGAAUUACCUUGGGCGAGACAAGCAGAGAGCAAUCUAGAAACAAAAUAUCCCUAUGGUGAGCACACAUCAAAUUCGAAUACAUUACAUGCCCAUAAGGGACGGACCAAAAGAAAGCUUAACCUUUUGACUCUCAGAAAUGAUUGACAUGUAACUUCUCCCUGUAGUAUUCAUACAUUAUCCUACAAAAGGGAUAUGAGAACACUCAAACUUAUCAUGUAGAAGUUGUAGUCGUGAUUUAACUCCAAAUUCUUAUGACUGAUUUACAAGGAAAUGUGAAGCUACUUAGAGGAGAAUGAACCAUUUGAUUUGGGAGUUGAAGUGGGUGAGCUUAAAAGAAAACAUUGUGCAUCUAUUGGGCUAAAAAAAAGAAAGCAAGAAACUACAGCAAUUGGGCAAAAAAGAAUAGCUACACUCAUUUUCUAAAAGGAGGUGAAAAAAAGUUAAAGACCUUGAAGUUGGAAGAAUCAGAGAAAAACAACUAACUAGUGGGAGAGUGGUUGGAAAAUCUCUAAUCCAUCUCCCCCCCCCCACCACAACCACUCUUUAUCACUUGUGAAUUUCUAACUGGUCUUUCCCCUACCCCCCCUAUCACUCUGAUGAAGGGCUAACGCUUGAAACGUCAGCUUUUAAACUCUUUCCUGUAGCAAAUUUACAUUAUCAACUCAGUUGAUAAUACUAAAUUACCCUGGUCUGUCUCCUAGCUGUUCUUUGUCAGCAAAUACAAUUUCUUAAUGAAAUCUUAAUGCUUUUAAUAAGAGAUUGCACCUGGCUUGGGUCUAAUUCCUCUCAUUAGACUUACUUAUAGAUAUUUCACUCUUUAAACCCUAGCUAAGAGUGACUAGCUUCUAAUUUCUCCCUACAAUAAUACUGCAAAAUCAUUAAUUAAGAUCAUGAGAAUAAAGGAAAUGAUCACCAACCCAAGCAUUGAUCGUUAAACAAAUUCUCCUGGUCAGUUCUAAUGGAAAUGUAUAGAGAAGAGUUUGGAGAAUAUAGAUACUGACAUUAGGGUGCAAAAGGUUAAUACCUCACAUGAGUGACAUUUAUAUGUCUAACAUCUUGUUUUGUCAUCUCUCUAGUUUGCCAUGCUGAACUGAAUGCCAUUCUGAAUAAGAAUGCUGCAGACAUUAAGGGCUGUAGCAUCUAUGUUGCCCUUUUUCCCUGCAAUGAGUGCACCAAGUUGAUCAUUCAAGCUGGAAUCAAGGAAGUCAUAUAUUAUUCUGAUAAGUACCAUGAUCAACCAAACUGCAAGGCAUCGAGGAGGCUACUCAAUAUGGCCAAGAUAACUUACAGGUAA